AUCUUGAAGUAACAAUAACUCUGCAUUAUUAACCUCAUUGAAUUCAAAGAGAAAUGCACAUCGUGCACUCCAUAAUUUCCUCAGCGGCAUUUCCAGCAACUAAACAAAUAGACCCAUACACACACGGCGAAUGCUACUCAACAACGAUAACGAAAAUAACACCGCACCUUAUCACACAGCAAAUAAACCAACACCAACACCAUCACUAUAACACCAACACUCCCAAAACCGUUUUGAAAUAUAAACAACCAUGUACGAAAAAAUAAUCCUCACCUUCAUUUUCCUCUUCCUCCUCAUAAUCUCCUACUCAAUCUUCAUCGGCACUCUCGACAUUCGAUCCUACUUCAACCAACUCCCAACCUUCCAACCCGCCCCAUGUAAACCCGACCCGAAACUCCGUGUCUACAUGUACGAUCUCCCUCCCCGUUUCAAUGUUCAAAUGAUUGACCGCCGGAACGAUUCCGAAUCUGCCGUUACGGUUAGGGAUUUUCCGCCGUGGCCGGGGAAUUGGGGGUUGAAGAGGCAACAUAGCGUGGAGUACUGGAUGAUGGGAUCGCUUAUUCAUGAAGGGGAGGAGGGUGGGGAAGGUAGAGAGGCUGUGAGGGUUUUGGAUCCGGAAGUUGCGGAGGCGUUUUUUGUUCCGUUUUUCUCUUCGUUGAGUUUUAAUACGCAUGGGCAUACUAUGACGGAUCCUGCUACGGAGAUUGAUCGGCAAUUGCAGGUUGAUCUGAUGGAAUUCUUGAACAAGUCCAAAUAUUGGCAGAGAUCUAAAGGCAGAGACCACGUAUUUCCUAUGACACACCCCAAUUCCUUUAGGUUCCUACGAAAUCAAGUGAAUGCUAGUAUUCAAAUUGUUGUGGAUUUUGGCCGCUAUCCCAAGAGUAUGUCUAAUUUGAACAAAGAUGUGGUGUCCCCGUAUGUUCAUGUUGUGGAUUCUUUUACAGAUGAUGAAUCUCAAGAUCCGUACGAGGCUCGCUCCACAUUGCUUUUCUUUCGAGGGAGGACUUUCAGGAAGGAUGAAGGCAUUGUCCGUGCUAAACUGGCAAAGAUAUUAAGUGGUUAUAGUGAUGUUCACUAUGAGCGAAGUGUUGCAACUGAAGAAAACAUUAAAGCGUCAUCUAAAGGGAUGCGUUCAUCAAAGUUCUGUUUGCAUCCAGCAGGAGACACAGCAUCAUCUUGCCGCCUUUUUGAUGCAAUUGUGAGUCACUGUGUUCCAGUCAUCGUAAGUGAUAAAAUCGAACUCCCGUUUGAGGAUGAGAUUGAUUAUUCCCAGUUCUCUCUAUUCUUCUCUUUCAAAGAAGCAUUACAGCCCGGCUACAUGGUCGACCAGCUUCGCAAAGUUCCAAAGCAGAAGUGGACUGAAAUGUGGAGGCAGAUUAAAAAUAUCUCACAUCAUUAUGAAUUCCAGUACCCUCCGAAAAAAGAGGAUGCUGUUAAUAUGCUUUGGAGACAGGUUAAACACAAGCUUCCAGGGGUUAGUCUCGCUAUUCAUAGAAACCGAAGAUUAAAAAUCUCAGAUUGGUGGCGAAAGAGAUGAUGAUUUUUGGAACUUUCGAUGUUGACCUUGUACAUUCACUUCCUUCAGUUUCUAUGAUUAUCCCUGAAAGGGAAUUUGAAGAAUAUCGUUGUCACGUCUUCUUAUCUCAGCAACUUAAAAUAGAGUGCUGUGUAGAAGUUUUAAUGUGUGACUUAUUUUGGUCAUUUAUGCCAUACCUCCUCACCUAGGAGCAUGAUUUGUACAACACAGCAAUGGAGAUCCAGUGAUAUUUUGCAACUGUUUUUUCUUAGUUAAUUUUGGUUGAACAUGGGCAUUUUAGUUGGCAAAUGAAGAUAUAUAGAAGAAAAGAAAAGAAUUUCGAUUUUCACUUUGUUGUUCUCCACCCAAUUUAAUUUGUACACCUAUGUUAAUGCUAAUGAACUGAAGUUAUUAAUCAUAUAAGUAUUUCAAAA